UCAGUGUGAAACUUCUCCAGAGCGUCCUGGGUUUACUUGUUCUCUAGAAAAGCUGAAAGACUCGCGCAGCCCAGCCAGGAGACGCCAGAUUGUCGAAGAAAUUAGACAAAACUCACAGACUCGUCCUCUGAAGAAAAUGGCCUGUUGGUUAAGGAAAGAGACUCUGAUGCUGGCCGAAGACUACAUCGACUUCUGCAUCGGGAACCAGCAGAUACCUCCCAGCAAGUCGGCCGAGGCCAUGCGCCGUGUGGCGAAGGAUCUGGAGCUCCAGUACAAGACCAAGUUCCUGUCUAUGUCGCGCAUGUUCCUGUCGACGUGCGGCUUGAAAUCGGACCUGAGCACCUGUCUGCGCAGCGUCAUGACCUUGCUGGUGGAGGACGGAAAGCUGAACUGGGGAAGAAUCGUCUCGCUGUUCGCGUUCACGGGCGUCGUCGCCGUCGAGAUGUCCUCCAGAGGAGACGGAGUGGAGAGCUGCAGGAAACUCGCCGAGACCAUCGCUGACUACCUGGUUAAAGAGAAGAGCGACUGGCUGCUGGAGAAUGGAGGCUGGGACGGUUUCUGCAGGUUCUUCAGCAGCACCGAUCACGUCAGUCACGAUUUGUCCAUGAAGACGGUGCUGUUCGCAGCCGCGGGAGUCUGCUUGGCUGGACUGACCUUCCUGCUAAUGCGCUGAGCCACACGUCCUAGUGUCCUUCUCAUUCUCGCCGCAAUUUUCUGUUUUUAGGUUCAGUAAGCCUUUUUAUCAUGUGAUGUGGUAUGAUUUUUUCUCCCCAAAUUUAAAACCAAUUUCACUUGUAAAUUUGUAUUUAUUUUACCAUCUGAAGAACAAAUUGUAACUAUUUAGGCAUUUUCCCUACUUUGACAAAAUUGUAUUUUUGCAUUAUUUUAUUUAUUUAACACUUUAUUAAUAAAAAAAA